GCUUUAAACACACGUAGAUGCUCAUCGUGUAGUCACGCAGUGAAGCCGGAGCUGUACACCAGCUGUGUGCUCCAUCUCUGCCCUCACUCCCUCAUCUCUCAUGUUCAGUCUGUUCACCGUGUCAUCAUAAGGAUGGAGCACGCCUUGUUGUGAGCCAGCUUUUCUGCUCAUCCACGCAGCGUUAAGAAGGAUUAGCCUGGACGCGGAGGAGCUCACGAUGAUGUCCUCUUACUACCACCCCGCCAAGGAAGCAGACAUGGCGGCGAUGACGGAGCCGCUCUGCCUGGAAAGAGAUGUGUGCAGGGUGAUUGAGCUACUGGACCGGCUGCAGCGGAGCGGUGAAUUGCCUCCUCCAAAACUGCAGGCCCUGCAGAGAGUCCUCCAGAGCAAGUUCUGUGCCACUAUCAGAGAGGUAUAUGAGCAGUUAUAUGACACUCUAGACAUUGUUGGAGGACCAGAGGUGCGAGCACAGGCAACAGCCAAGGCCACAGUGGCAGCCUUUGCAGCCAGCGAGGGCCAUGCCCACCCAAGGGUGGUGGAGCUGCCCAAGACAGAAGAGGGUCUGGGCUUUAACAUCAUGGGGGGCAAAGAGCAGAAUUCCCCCAUCUACAUCUCCAGAGUGAUCCCCGGGGGAGUGGCCGACCGCCAAGGAGGGCUGAAGAGAGGAGACCAGCUGCUGUCCGUCAACGGAGUGAGUGUUGAAGGGGAGCACCACGAGAAGGCUGUGGAGCUGCUGAAAGCUGCCCAGGGUUCAGUCAAACUGGUAGUCCGCUACACCCCAAAGGUCCUGGAGGAAAUGGAGGCUCGCUUUGAGAAGAUGAGGAGCGCCCGGAGACGACAGCAGCACACCAGUUACUCAUCUCUGGAGUCCAGGGGCUAGCGAACAUAAUGCCUCCAUCCACCUCAUCGUCCAGCCCUCCUCACUCUUCUGUUCCAGUGGGAGGGAAGACCGUAGACGAGAAGCAAAAAACCAAAGUAGCCUACCAACACUUGUUACCUGAACUUCUUCAUGAAGCCAUCGCUGCAGUUUAGGAUUUUUCCCCCUCCCUCCUUCCUGUUUCUUAGAGAAAUAGAGUAAGCUUGUUGUCAGACCACGCCUGUAAUUCCACCUGCCCAGUGUGAGCCCAUCCUCAGUAUCCAUCCUCUUUAGUGUGGCUUAACUAGAACUAGUAUUUAUAUUCUCAUGUCAUUUUACUUUUGCAUUCUCACAUGGUGCACUGCACUCCUCAGCAGUGUCUGCAGUUAGACCUCACCGCCAUUUCUCCAUCACAUGUCCCAGCCAGAGGGCUAAACAUUAGCAUAGUGAAGAACUACACUUAAGUCAGUGGCUGGCAAGAGUCAUCUCAGUCAGAGGUUUGAGAUUUUUUUGUAUUCAUUUAUUUGUGUAUUCAUUUAAUUGUAUAAUUAAUUGUGAAAUAAAGUCUGUGUAAAAUGAA